CUCUAUCUUCAACUUCGAAUAAAACACUCAUUUACCGCUUUGGCAGCUUAUACAUCACGCGAACUCCAAAUCUUUUCAUUCUUUUAACUAGGCGGAUUUUGCACAGGGGCGGUCGAUUAUCGAAGCUCAUAUACUAAUCCUCUCCAUUUUCCUUCUGAAAUUGUUGCUGCGUUUGCUCUCAGUUACGUGCUGAGGAUGUCGACACCGGCGAAGAAGAGAUUGAUGAGGGAUUUCAAGCGGUUACAGCAGGAUCCUCCUGCUGGCAUCAGUGGUGCACCUUAUGAUAGCAAUAUAAUGUUAUGGAAUGCUGUUAUAUUCGGCCCUGAUGAUACUCCCUGGGAUGGAGGUACGUUUAAGAUGACACUUCAAUUUUCAGAGGAUUAUCCUAACAAGCCACCAAGAGUGCACUUCGUCUCCAGAAUGUUCCAUCCAAAUAGUUUUAUUAUAGCCCAUCACACUAUUGAGGACAUAAUGCUUUCAUUGGUCAGUAGGCUGGUGUUAUCUGCUGCUAAUGAACACACAUUUGAACGAGUCCCCUUUCCUUUUCCAUUUUCUGUUUGGAUUUGUCCCCUGGGGAGGCCAGGGGGAGUAUACUAUGAAAAGAACCUAUGCCUCUAUUAUUUCAGAUCAUUUAAUAAUGCAACAGGUACCUGAUGGAUUAAUCUAACCCCUUGCCAGCGAAAGCAAGGGGCUUGCCUAGUGCGGGUUACCUCUCCUGUGUGGUUCGCGAGCUAUUGCAUAGGAGCGGGGGUUUUACCCUAUGCACAGCCAAAGGGUAGUGGCUGCGGGUUGCCCUUCUCAAUUAAAAAAAAGGAUCUUUAGAAAUGCUCUAAAGCAGACUGGUCCUUGUUUGUUGCCCUUAAGGUAUCAUAGAUGUAUCCCCAAGUGACACUAUUUUCGAUGCCGAUCAAUAAGUUUUUAGUUCUCUGUUGAGAUUAUUAGUAGACUAAGAAUUUUAUUUUUGAACAAGCGCAUGUAGUUUUGAUAAUGUAGUCCACAAAAUUAAAGUCUUUCUUCAUUUUCUUAUAAGCAAUGUUCUAUUCUGAUGUAAGAAAUACUCAAUAGUUGCAACUUCCAUGUAUUUACUUAAUUGCUAUGUUAUUUUCCCUUUGUUCAUUUUA